AUGCAACAGUCAGGUUACAGGCCCAUGCAUCUCUCCCUAUACAAACACACGGCUCAGCCAAGUCCCCCUCACUCACCUCGCUUGCGCGAUCACCCAGAUACAGAGCCGAUCAUGAUCUCCACUAUCUAUUGGCCCCCGAGGUGGGUUGAUGAGUAUGUGGAAGUGGAAGUAACGCCUAGCUCGAAAACGCAUUCGCGGAAACACAAUGGAGGCCCAGCAGGUGACGAGACCCAGAAACAGUCCCCGGCACGAACGUUUUGGAUCGAUGCCGGUACAUCAAAGCCAAAGCAAUGUAUCAAGAGACGGCGUAUGGUAGACUGUGGCGGCGAAUAUCUAGUUCACUGGUAUGCAGGGCUCAUAGACGAACACGCGGUCAGGCAAGAAGGUACAACGAUGCCCGACGAAGUUUCAUAUACUUCCGUAUUACUGUCGUUUGAAGAAGUCGAGACGCUGGCCCAGACUGGAGCACUUCCCUAUUCGGAGUUUCGUGUCGUGGACUAUGCAAUGAAGUUAUUGAGAUUCAAUAUCGAACAUAAAAAACGGCAAGAACAAAGGAUGCGUCAGAAAGAGGCCGCUAGUAGGAGGGCUGCACGAUCACAAGCACCACCAACGUUACAAAGAACAAAUACUGAGCCCUCAGCUAGCCAAGAAUCGAGUCAAGCAUCGCGCCGAGUCACCUCGAGCAUGCCUUCGACGGCUCAAAGUAGAGACAAAGCAAUUGUCUUUCGAGGUGCUACAGAGGCAGCAGUUCGUGAGGCAGCCGAAGGAGAAGACGUUCGCUAUCAAACUCACGGCGAUAACGACGGCGCAUUGGAACUAGCUGGACCAAGCAAACAUGGGGACGAUGUGAAAGGCAAAGGCAAGCUCAAGAAGACGUUAUUGUGA